AUUAUCUCCCUUUUAUUAGAAAACACCAUUUGCAACAGAUUGUUAGAAAACACGAUUUCAAAUGUCUUGUUUAGGAAAACAUCCCUUUAAUUUACAGGUCAGUACAGCAUGGAGCAAAGAUGGAAGAUGAGUUUACCACUGAGACUAAAAGUAUGUUUUAUGUAUAAAACGGAAAUUGUCAUGGAAGUCAAAUUGUCAGAUACCUGUUGAGGAUAUAAAGUCAGUAUUGUUGUGAACCUGUACAGAUAGAACCAAAGAUAUAGGCUGGUUAAGUGGUUUAUUUAAGUGGUACUUAUUAGCAAUGUUGAUGUAUAAGAGGCAGUAAUUUUCAGUGAGAACAAGUCAAUACAGAGUUUAUCUGUAUAAUAAAAUACAAAUUUAUGAUUUUUUCACCCAGAAUUUCUCUAAGAAAUAUGUGAAAUGUUGAACAUGAGAAAAAAGGACACUUUGGUGUAAUCGUACAUGAAACAAAUGGUGUAUCUUAAACUUGGAAUGGAACAAGUGACAUACCAAUAGCAUAAACUUGAUACAAAUGACGUGUCUCCACACAUGAAUGGAACAAGUGACAUACCACUGCAUAAACCUGAAACAAAUGACGUGUCUCCACACAUGAAUGAAACAAGUGACAUAUUACUGCAUACACUUGAAACAAAUGAAUUGCCUCCACAUCUGAAUGAACCAGGAAGUGGGAUGUCUGGGUAUUUGAAUGAAGUAGAUGAUGAAAUAUCUGGACACCUAAAUGAGAACAACAUUAGAAUAUUAGAAACUAUGAAUGAAGUGGGACGUGAGGGAUCAUGUUAUGUAACAGAAACAGUGAAUGGUAUGCCAGAACAUUUGACAGAUUUACCUGAUGGAUGCUCGGAAAAUCUGAAUCACAUGAAUACAGAAAUACUUGAACCAGAUACUGCAUUGGUAGAUAAGGCGAAGGUAAUGCAACAUGAGAUGUCACAACAUAUGAGUGAACACAAAAAGAAAGUAUCCAAGAAUCCAGAUUGCUUAAAAAAGCAGCAUGUUUGCCCAUGGUGUAAUCGUGCACUUUCUAGUGCUGGCAAUUUAACGAAACACAUGAUGACACAUACUGGAGAACGUCCUCACAUUUGUGAAAUUUGUAAUAAAAGCUUUAGACAGAAAGGGACAUUGAAAAGUCACUUAAUUAUUCAUACAGGUGAACGGCCUUUUGUUUGUAGUUUGUGUAAUAAAGGGUUUAAUAGUUUAUCAAGCAGGAGAGAACAUAUGACUGUUCAUUCUGGUCAGCGUCCACAUACUUGUUUGUAUUGUAGUCAGUCAUUUACUAAGAAAUCAAGCUUGAAAAUGCAUUUGAUGCUUCAUACAGGCCAACGACCGCAUGUAUGUGAAGUUUGCAGGAAGGAAUUUACACGGAAAACUCAUUUGAAAACACAUAUGAUGUCGCAUACUGGGGAAUGCCCAUAUGCUUGUUCUGUAUGCAGUAAAGGGUUUAGACAUAAGUCAGCAUUACAAACGCAUAUGAUGAUACACACAGGGGAAACAUUGUAUGAUUGUGAAAAGUGUGACAAAUCUUUUAAGAAAAGUUGGUCUUUGAAACAGCAUAUGUUGAUUCACACUGGAGACUAUGAGUAUAGCUGUGAAAAUUGUAGUAAGGCAUUUAUGAGAAAAGAGGGUUUAAAACGUCAUAUGAGAAUUCACAAUGGUUACCGACCUUACAUAUGCACAGUGUGUGGUAAAGGAUUUACAGCCUCAUCAGUUUUAAAAGCGCAUACGUUGACACAUAGUGGAAAAAGAAAUCAAGCUCUCCCGAACACAGAGCAAACAGAUAACACAAACAUUGACAAAAUGUAGAAAAUGUUAUAAAGCCAGGACUGGCAUAAUGCACGCACAUAUUAGUGAUAGAAGAAGUAAAGCCUGCACUGAUUUAUAGAAAUGCGCCCUUACAUAUGUAGUGAACAAAAAAAAGACAAUACAAUGUUCAUACUUUGAUGUAUAGUGAACUAUAAAAUAAAGUCAGCACUGACACACCGAUCACAGAAAACACAUACUUUGAUAAAGAGAGUUCUAACUAAUAAAUUACCCCAGCGUGGACACACAGAUCACAGAAAAAUAUCAUUUGAUACAGAGAGUUCUAACAAACAAAUUACCCGAGUAUGGACACACAAAUCACAGAAAACACAUACUUUGAUACAGAGAGUUCUGUCUAACAAAUUCCCCUAGCAUGGACAGACAGAUCACAGAAGACACAUACUUUGAUACAAAGAGUUCUAACUUAAAGUUACCACAGUAUGGACACACAGAUCACAGAAAAUAUAUACUUUGACACAGAGAGUUCUAACUAACAAAUUACCACAGCAUGGACGCACAGAUCACAGAAAACAUUUACUUUGAUACAGAGAGUUCUGACUAGAAAAUUACCCCAGUAUGGACACACAGAUCACAUAAAACACAUACUUUGAUACAGAGAUUCUAACUAAGAAAUUACCCGAGCAUAGACGAACAGAUCACAGAAAACACAUACCUUGAUACAGAGAGUUUUAACUACGAAAUUACCCUAGCAUGAACACACAGAUCACAAAAAACAGAUACUUUGAUACAGAGAGUUCUAACUAGAAAUUACCCAAGCAUAGAUAUGCAGAUCACAGAAAACACAUACUUUGAUUCAGAGUUCUAACUAACAAAUUACCCCAGCAUGGACAUACAGAUCACAGAAAACAAAUAC